AUGCCGUUCCGCAUCCGCGACGCUCGACGCUCCGACGUCGAGGCCAUGGCUGCCAUCGAAGUCCAGUCUUUUCACGCCAGCCCCUACCACCGAGUCUUGUUUCCGGGCCACCUGCGCAUCCGGCCCGGCCUCCAGGAUCAGCUCGAUUGGUACGGCAAGCGUGCGGCCAACGCGUUCGGACAGCGACGGACUCGGUACAUUGUCGCCGUCGCCGAGGAAGGAGAGCCAGAGAAGGAUGCCACUGUCGUGGCCUUUGCCGAAUGGGUCGCACCCGCUUUGGAUGCUGUUGCUGGGCCUCCUUCGAAGCCGGCUGCAAAGACGGUGGUUCCCGCGUGCAUCGAUCUGGAAGCGGCCGCGAGAUGCGAUUCGGAGAUUGCCGAGUUGAUGCAACGCGCCAUGCCGCUCUUUGGCACAACGUCGCUCGACCACAUGUGGAGCGAGUCCCCCAACUCCAAGCCGCUCAACUCCAUCGCCGUCGCCGAACCGUACCGCUCCAAGGGCAUCGGCAGGAUGCUGACACGCUGGGGCAUCGACGCCGCCGACGCAGGCCAGCACGGCAUUUGGCUCGUGUCCGCACCAUCCGGCCGAUCCAUGUACGCUUCUCUUGGCUUUCGGGAGCUCGCCGCGGGAUCACGAGCGGGCGAAGGGCAGUACGUGAUGCUACGGGAGCAUUCCCCGCGACGAAGCCUGCGCGAGACGGCCAUCGACACGCAUCACGCACCGAGUGAUACGCGGUGA